AUGAAUAACAAGUCAAUCAGUUUAAACACGAGUCCGCCCCGGGCCAGCAGCGGCUCCGGGACUGUGGAUCAUGAACUGGUUAUCACCUCCACUUUCGGGACGCUGCUCUCCGUUGUCUACAUAAUCGGAGUGUCGGGAAAUGUGUACACUCUGGUGGUGAUGUGUCAUUCAAUCCGUUUUGCCACUUCUAUGUACAUCUCCAUCAUCAACCUGGCCCUGGCGGACCUGCUCUACCUUUCCACCAUCCCGUUCGUGGUGUCCACCUACUUCCUAAAGGACUGGUACUUCGGGGAUGUGGGCUGUCGCAUCCUCCUCAGCCUGGACCUGCUCACCAUGCACGCCAGCAUCUUCACCCUCACCGUCAUGUGCACGGAGCGCUAUCUGGCCGUCACCAAGCCGCUGGACACGGUCAGGCGCUCCAAGAGUUACCGCAAAGCUCUGGCUUGGGGCGUCUGGCUGCUGUCCCUCUUCCUCACCGUGCCCAUGAUGGUGAUGGUUGCCCAGACUACGAAGAGCACGCCGGACGGGGGGGUCAAGAGGAUGUGCGCACCCACCUGGGCACCCCUGGCUUACAAGGUAUACGUGACCGUCCUGUUUGGCACCAGCAUCAUGGCACCGGGGCUCAUCAUCGGCUACCUGUACGUCAAAUUAGCCCGCACUUACUUAGAGUCCCAGCGCAACUCUGUCAUCAGCAAGGGCGGCAAGCGCUCCCCGAAGCAGAAAGUGCUGAUCAUGAUUUUCACCAUCGUGCUGGUGUUCUGGGCGUGCUUCCUGCCCUUUUGGAUCUGGCAGCUGUUGCCCCUGUACCACACCAAGCCCCUGAGCCUGGCCUCGCAGACGCACACCUGCAUCAACUACCUGGUGGCGAGCCUCACCUACAGCAACAGCUGCAUUAACCCUUUCCUCUACACCCUCCUCACCAAGAACUACAGGGAGUACCUGAAGAACAGGCACAGGAGCUUCUACCGGUACACGUCCUCGUUCAAGCAGCGGCCGCCCAGCCUGUACUCCUGGGGCAAGUCGGCGUCCUCCAGCAAUCAGUUUGAGUUCAACUCGGAGACGCUGGUCAUGGGGACGCUGAAGUGA